UUUUCUUAGCAGCACCUGAAGGCAGCCACACUAUUAGUUUAUUUAGCAUUCCAAAAUGACGGAUCCAACCACGUCUCCAGAGGACCCCUGGAAAACAGACGGGGCUUUCAGCGACAAUGGCUUUGACACCAGUUUCUUCACUGAUACUGCCAGAAAAGGUAGCAUUGUGUCCAGGACAAACAGUAUCGGCUCUACAAGUGCCUCUUCAGUUCCAAAUACAGAUGAUGAAGACAGCGACUAUAGGCAUGAGACGUCGUAUAAAGACUCAUACAAAGACCGAAGGAGACAAGCACACACACAAGCUGAGCAGAAGCGCAGAGAUGCAAUCAAGAAAGGUUAUGAUGACCUGCAGGGAAUUGUCCCAACCUGUCAGCAGCAGUCUGAGUUUGCUGUCGGAGCACAAAAGAUCAGCAAGGCUACUAUUCUUCAGAAAACAAUCGACUACAUCCACUUUCUUCAUAAAGAAAAGAAGAAGCAAGAGGAGGAAGUUUCUGUCCUAAGGAAAGAAGUGAUGGCCUUGAAGAUCAUGAAAACGAACUAUGAGCACAUAGUGAAGGCCCACCAGAACAACCCACAGCAGGGAGAGGACCAGGUCUCUGACCAGGUCAAGUUCAACAUCUUCCAGAACAUCAUGGACUCGCUGUUCGUGUCUUUCAGUAAUUCUGUUUCAAUGAGCAGCUUCCAAGAACUGUCCGCCUGUGUUUUUAGCUGGAUCGAGGAACACUGCAAGCCACAGACGCUGCGGGAGUUUGUUGUUGGAGUGCUCCGGCAGCUCAAUGGCCAGCUUUAUUAGUUGAGGGGAAACCUCUGGCUAACUUCCAGAAAUUGACUUUUAACUUGCUCUUGUCUCCCAGGAUGGAAUUAAAACUUCAAUCUGCCACAGUCCUCACAUUGACUUCAGCUCAUCAGAGAUUCCUGGAUUGUUGUUAGAUUACCUCGUCAAACGCUAUGGGGAAAGAUGAAAGGUUGCCUUGGCUUGAGCAGUUAAAUAGGGUUGCCUUGUGACCUCUUUACUGUUGGGAAUUUACAUCUCUGUAGUGUAUUUUUUGCUCCAUCCCAAACUUCUAAGGAACGCAGAGGAAACGCAAUUUUAAGUGAAAUGUGGCGUGCAGAGAACAUCUAGUUAUAAUUUCAACAAAGCACAGAAAACGGAACGUAUGAAUAAAAAGCUUCCUACAAAACGACGCAGGAAGUAGUGUCUUAUCAGGUCCUCCUCCCAAGUUUGCCUAGUUUCAUAAUCUAAAUGGUAGCCAUAUACAUAUAUACAUGUGUGCCUACAGACAAAUAGAUGCUCAUAUCAAGUCAGUUAUUCAGUUCAGAGCAAAUCUACCUGGCUUACCUGAGACACCAUGAGGAGAAGUCAUUUAUUUGACGCGAAUGAAGUGAUGGUGAUGUUUCUGCUGCAUCUUAAUUAAUAGAGUAAGAAAGCAGAACGGUCACAGCUUUUCUUCUCUCUCGUCAAUAGUGACCAUGUAGCUGGAUUCUGAACGAGAGCUUUUUGUGCUGCUGCACACAAACAAGUCACUCCUGAAAUUUGUUGGAUUGCUAUGAGUAUUUCAAGCUCUUCUGUUUUCAGGAGCAUGCCAUAUGCAUGCAUGCCUCAGAAUUUCCAUCACUGAUGCUUGCUUUGAAUGAACUCUUUACUGUGACGGAGCUCCAUGUUUAAAUAAGCGUAGCUUUAUAAUGGGGGCAAAGCAGAAAAACACAUGUUGUAAAUGUUAACCAACUGUGCCACAGCUCGGUGAACGAAUUUAAGUUAUUUACAGGAUGAUGUUAAACAUCAAGUGUUGACUUUGAUAAGCCUUUUUUUUUAACUUAAUUAUAUGAAACAUCACUAGAAUAAGUUGUUGUAAUGCUGUUAUGGUAAAUGUAUAGAUCUGCUGUGUGAGCUUUUAUGAUCAGUAUGUUGAUUACCACUACAGGUUUUUUUUUUUUUUUCCAAUCACUGCUACCAUAAAUGUUAGACCCUAAAAAUUAUUCAUCUGUCAAAACACUUCUGUACUCAAUGAAAAACGAAAAAAAAAAAGACUUAUAGAUGAUAAAUUUCAGCCAUUGAAUUUAAACAAUUUUGUGUUUUCAGGAACUCUAUUUCAAAGGUAAAUCACUAGUAACUUUUAGAUACCACUGAAGUCUAAUUCAAGUGCCAUAAACCCGCUUGCAAUGAUCUCAAUGCUCUCAUUGAGCUUACGCUACUAAUUAAGAUUGUAUAGAAGUAGUCGAUCCAUUCAAAGUCUUAUUUUCGUAAACACAGAACUGGAGGUUUUAUAAGGCUUGUAUAUGAUGACACGUGUGUCUAAACAUGCAGUGGAUGUUGAUAAUGUGUUGAUUUUAUUUUCCUUUUCAGGAGAAAAAAAGUGCAAGGUGGCAAGAGAAAAGAAACUAAGUCAACAUGAAACACUUUAAUUACAAUAAACUUAUAUACUCGUACUCUUAAAAAUGUGGUCAAGCAUUAGUUUGAUAUAUCACCAUCUUAAACAAAAAUAAAAAUAUUUCAGUUGGUAAACUGUUCACAACUCAACCUGAAUAUGUAGAACUCUUGUGAACUCAGGUAUGUUUUUGUGGUUAUAAAAUUGGAAAACAAACCGCUGUUGCCUCUGAGGUGAUGAGCAUCCCUCUAUAACGCCUCAACAUUUGUGAUUUGUUUAGCUAAUACUGAUGUACAUAAAUGUUUUCAGCUAUGUUUUCCAUGUCAGAAUAUGUUAAACUCGUAUUUAUUCAAAGAACGUGUUAUAAAUAAAGUUUCCUCUUGGGAUUA